AUGUCCAGAGGAGGAGAAAUGGUCUAUAUCCCUGAUGACUCCGACUUCAGCUCCUUCCGGGAUCAGUGUGAGAGCCUGGAGGGCUGGCACUGCCGGUACAACAAGGCUGGCAUCACUGUGUGGAGUCAGGGCCAGGAGGAAAGCUGCACCGUGCAGAAAAUCAAGACUCGCAUCUCCUGCAAGGACGUCCCUGCUGAGACGCUCUAUGACGUGCUGCACGACACCCACUACCGCAAGAAAUGGGACUCGAACAUGAUCGAGACCUAUGACAUCGGGCGCCUGACCGUCAACGCCGACGUUGGAUACUACUCCUGGAAAUGCCCGAGCCCCCUGAAGAACCGGGAUUUCGUCACCCUACGCUCCUGGCUGCCUCUGGGCAAUGACUACAUGAUCAUCAACUACAGUGUCAAGCACCCGAAAUACCCACCUCGGAAGGAUUUUGUGAGGGCCGUGUCCCUGCAGACUGGUUAUCUGAUCAAGGCAAACGGUGCCGGUGCCUGCAUCCUCUAUUAUCUCACCCAGGUGGACCCUCGUGGGUCGCUGCCGAAGUGGGUGGUGAACCGCGUCUCCCAGUUCGUGGCACCGAAGGCCAUGAAGAAGAUCUACAAGGCUGGGCUGAAGUACCCGGAGUGGAAGCGCAAACACGACCCCGGGUACAAGCCCUGGGUGUACCCGGAGCAGAACACGCUGCCCAGCGUCAGCCUGGCCGAGCUCUCGGUGCAACAUGCCGACUCACUGGAGAACAUCGACGAGACGGGGCUGGCCGAGGACCACCUGAGCACCAGCGACCACGAGGCCUGA